AUGCCUCUCGACACGUCAACAUAUUCAUUAGCCCUACUACGCGUAGACGGCCGUCGCUGGAACGAACUCCGCCGUCUCAAUGCCCAGAUCCGCACCCAAGAUGCCGCAGACGGUUCAUCAUACCUCGAGAUGGGCCAUACAAAAGUCAUGUGCGUCGUGACAGGUCCGUCAGAGCAGGGACAGCAGCAGCGACGUGUUCAGACGGCGCAGAGGGAUGUCGCGGCUAUUAAUGUGAAUGUGGUUACUGCUGGGUUUUCGAGCGUGGAUCGCAAGAAGAGAGGGCGCAACGACAAGCGCACUCAAGAGAUUGAAGUCACAAUUGCGAAUGCAUUCGCCUCGAACCUGCACACGCAUCUGUUCCCCCACUCUUCAAUCACAAUCUCCCUCCACGUCCUCUCCCAAGACGGCUCCCUCCUCGCCGCCCUCCUCAACGCGACGACCCUCGCCCUCAUCGACGCCGGUAUCCCCAUGACGGACUACAUCGCCGCCUGCACAGCUGGUUCAACCUCUACGUACGCUGCGGGCGACGACUCGGCGGAUCCUCUGCUGGACCUUAACAACCAAGAGGAGCAGGAACUGCCGUUUCUUACCGUUGCGACGUUGGGAGGUAGUGAUCGCGUGGCUGCGCUGGUCUGCGAGAGUCGCGUGCAGGUUAGCCGUCUAGAGGGAAUGUUGGUAGUAGGCGUGGAUGGAUGUAAACAAGUGAAGCAGUUCCUGGAUCAGGUGGUGAAGGACAAGGGCGCCGAGAUGGUCAGGGAGGGAGCGGCAGAGAGGAGCGACGCUAUGGACGUCAUGUUGGAUGAAUAG